AUGAUCAACGUUGACACGAUUACCUACACUCAACUCGCCAAGGUCUUUGAUCACGCCAUUUUGAAGCCUGAUCACACUCCCAAGGACGUCGAAGCCGGCUGCAAGGUUGCUCUUGAAUGUGAUGCCAAGUCUGUGUGCGUCAAGCCUUGCGAUGUCAAGCAAGCUGCCGAGAUUCUCAAGGGUUCAAACGUGCUCGUGGGUACCGUGAUUUCGUUCCCCCAUGGCAACUCGCCUACGAGUGCCAAGGUUGCCGAGGCAUUGCAGACUGUGGAGGACGGCGCUGUGGAGCUGGAUGUUGUGAUCAAUGUGGGUCACUUGAAGGCUGGUAGAUAUGAUGAAUGCCAAAAGGAACUUGAAUCUGUGAUCCGUGCCUGCAAGGAGAAGCGUCCCGAUAUCAUCUUCAAGAUCAUUUUCGAGAAUGCUUACUUGACCAAGGAGGAAAUUGUCCAAGCAUGCAAGCUCUCUGAAGCUGCUGGUGCUGAAUUCGUAAAGACAUCCACUGGUUUUGCUUCCUCUGGAGCUACCUAUGAAGACAUCGAGUUGAUGCGUGCCAACGUCUCGGAUCAUAUUGAAGUCAAGGCAUCGGGUGGUAUCAAGACUCUUGAUCAAGUCCUCGAAUUCUUGCGUAAGGGUGCUACUCGUAUUGGUUCCUCUUCUACUGCUCAGAUCUUGGAAGACUUUAAGAAGCAACAAAAGAAUUAA